AUGUCGGCUCCCCUCAGAAUCCGCCCCUGGAAGGCAAUUGAGACUUUACAACAUGCCAGACAAGCAUCAUACACCUCAAGAGCCCCCAGCCUAAGAAUCACCCAGCUCUCCACCUCAACCAAAAGAACAAUCACGUACACCACCCAAAAGAGCAACAACCAAACACCCACGAAGCCCACCCCAGCCCCAGCAGCAGCAGCAGCCCCAAAGACCGCCCCCUCAUCACCACCCAGCGCCGCAUCACGAGUCUCAUCCCCAACUCCCAGCCGCGCAACAACAGAAAAUAUCUCCAAAAGCGGGCUCUCGGACAAACCACUGGAGCUCGAAAGCCCAGCAGAAGAGAAAAUCGACUGGACGCGCUCCUUCCACGGUCUUUCCGCAGCCCCCUUCCCUAAAGAAGCAGCCGACAUCCUUCUCGCCGAGACAGACCCCCAAGAGGUCGAGAUCAAGCCAGACGGCAUCCUCUAUCUACCAGAGAUCAAGUACCGGCGAAUCCUCAACCGCGCUUUCGGGCCCGGCGGGUGGGGUCUUGUUCCGCGCAGUGAGAGCAUCGUUACUCCGAAGACGGUGACGAGGGAAUAUGCGCUUGUGUGUAAUGGACGACUUGUAUCUGUCGCGCGCGGCGAACAGGACUAUUUCUCGCCGGACGGUAUCCCCACUGCUACGGAGGGGUGCCGGUCUAAUGCGCUUGUGCGCUGCUGUAAGGACCUGGGGAUUGCCAGUGAGCUGUGGGAUCCACGGUGGAUCCGCAAGUACAAGGCACAGUAUACGCGCGAGGUGUUUGUUGAGCAUGUGGUUAACAAGCGGAAGACGAAGAUCUGGACGCGCAAGGAUGAUCCCGUUGGGUAUCCUUGGAAGGAGACUGGGAGUAAAUAG